UUAAGACUUGUCCUUUUAAUAUUACGGAUUGGCGAGUAUAUGUUUUAAGAAGGAAUGCUUUUUAUUUCAAAACUAAGCUACUUCUGCUAUUUUCCGUCCUCUGUCAAACAUUUUAAAUCUCCACUGGUUGCUUUCCAAUGCACAUCAGCCAGAUUAGAACACCCAAAUCCUUGGUACAGUCGGCGUGGCAAGAUGAUGCCAAAACAGGGAGAUGGCGUACAAAGACCUGGGUUACAGGUUGUACACAAAAGCCCCAACUUCCUUUGUGUGGACAAGAUGUAUGACUUAAAGAUAAACAGUGAUGACCCAACAGAUAUGACUGUAGAACAUCAAGCAAGGGCAAUGUUUCCAGAGCUUGUGGACCCCAAAUGUUCCCAUGGGUUCAGGUUUGUACAUAGGUUGGACUAUGCUACAAGUGGUAUUCUCUGCCUGGGCCUGACCAAAAAUGCUGCUAAACACCUGUCGAAACUGUUCCAUAAUAAACAAGUGAUCAAGUAUUACCUGGCAUUGGUACGAGGUCACAUCGUUGAUGAAGCUGUGCUGAUAGAUGUUCCUAUUGGUCGUCUUGAUGAUGCCGAGUGGGCGGGUCGUAUGUGUGCAGCUGACCAUGACAAGUGCGAUGUUCCGCGACCCACAGCUACCCUCCUUGUCUGUCUGGAGAGGGGGAUGUAUGGUGAUAAGCCUGCAACAAAAGUGCUGCUUAAACCCAUCACUGGUCGUCAGCACCAGUUGAGGGUACAUUGUGACUACAUCGGACACACUAUAGUGGGUGACUACACCUACAGUUUACGUCAAGAUAAAACACCACACCGUAUGAUGCUGCACUCUCAUAGACUUGUAGCGGAUAUGAAGAUUGAAAAUCUGGAUUUACGGACUUCAGAUCCCUUUACUACAGACCUGAUUGAUGAGUGGAAACCAAGUGAAAUAUGUAGGUCUUAUGAAGAGGCGGAAAGUAUCGCUAAAGGAUUUGAAAUGGGCAAUAUGGAUUCAAUAUCAGGAAUGGAUAAAUUUAGACUAGUUCGUAUCAAAUUAAGUGAGUCUCAAGGAGAGGAAAGAUGAUAUAGAGCUUUAAUAGAGCUUUGAUGUGAUUUUAGUAAAUAAAAUAUUGG